AUGAACGCCGCUGCGGAAGCCAUGCCACCCCUGCCGACGACACAUCCUUUGGAACAUUCCUGGACACUCUGGUUGGAUCAUCCGAUCAAAAAUUCGAAUAAGGCGUGGCGACGCCAGAUCAACACCUUCUCCACCGUUGAAGAUUUAUGGAGUGUUUACAAAGUCAAACACUCUCCGAGCAACCUGGGAUUUGAAUCCCUUUACUGUUUUAAACAUGGAAUUGAACCGAAGAGGGAGCAUCCUAUUUGUGCGAAAGGGGGGAAAUGGACUGUCACUUACUCGCAUAAUAACGACGAUUUUUGGCUUUACACGAUGCUUGCGAUGAUCGGUGAACAGUUUCACUAUGGAGAUGAAAUUUGUGGGGCAGUUGUGAAUAUUAGAGAAACGCACGAGGAAAUUGCUCUAUGGACAAAGAAUGCUGCCAAUGAAGAUUUUCAGGACGAUGCAAAGAAGUUUGGCAGGGGAGCCAAGUAUCGAUAUACUGUGUAGCUUAUCGGGUUCAAUGAGAGACCAGCAUUUCUUUCAUUUUUUGGUGUAUAGAUGUUCAGCUAGAGUUCAGUACCUCCUCUCCUGAGAUGAUCAAUGUCUUUAAUUUUUCGUUGUACAUAUAAAGUAGUUUUAACCCAAUAUUAACAGUAUAGUUAC